AUUUGUCUGAGACCAGUAAAAGUUCUCAAAACGGUAUAUCAAGUGAUCCAACAAUUGUAUCAGAAAGAGAUGCUUUUGAAAAAAGAGAACCGAUAGAUUUUACAUCUUUCAAUCCGGCAAGAGAUAAUAUCCGGUGA